ACCCCGAAGCAGCAGGAAACAACUUCAAAGCAUUUGCCGAGUUGAAGAUGGCAGCGUGUAACCACCUUUGCUCCUCUCUGUCUGCAGCCCAACAUUGAAAUGAUCUGGGCCAUGAAGGCGUACCAGCAUGCUGAAGUCUACUUUAACCUUAUUUCCUCCGUUGAUCCCAAGUUUCUGAACCUCACCAAAGUUGAUGACCAGAUCUAUGGUGAAUUCAGGAAAACCUUUAAUGAUCUUAAAGUUGAUGUACUUGACCCAGAAGAGCUCAAAUCAGAGCCAGCCAAAGAGAAAUGGCGCCCAUUCUGCAUGCAAUUUGAAGGGGUGGUUGAGGACUUCAACUACGGUACCCUGCUCCGCCUGGACUGCAGCAAAGACUACACAGACGAGAACACGAUAUUUGCCACCAGAAUCCAGUUUUUUGCCAUUGAAAUAGCUCGGAACAGAGAGGGCUGUAACAACGUUGUCUACAACAGUGCCAAAAAACCAGCAUCCGCUGGAGCGGCAGCAGAAGCAUCUGCAUGAUUUUAGGAUGGAGUUCACCCCCAGUGCGUAACAGAUGUGAGAGACAGAAAACUUUGACGCAGGAGCAUCUGUUCCUUCAUAAGGGAGGCAUGUACUGACCCAAGUCAGGGUAGAUACUCUCCCCAGGACUGAACUGUGCUUUCAUUGCCUUUCCUGCAGAAAUGGCCUUUUGAGUUCAGAUUCCAUUUGCAGAUUGUAAAUAAACAUUUGAAACUCCCUUGUGCUGCACGAGUUAACA